ACUGAUAUAUUCCUAUAUAUUUAAAAAUUUUAAAUUAUUCAAAAUAAUGGAUUCAAAAAUUACUGAGGAAUAUUGUCAGCAAUUUAAAUUAGAAAAUAUCAAAGUAAAUUCUGAAGAUGAUGAUAAAUGUCCUCGAGUUGUUGGUGUUGUCCACAAAAAAUUUGAAAUUAAAAAUGACUCAGAAAUUGCUGAUGACUUAGAAAGUUCUGCGGUAGAAAUUGAUGAUGGAGACGAAGCUGAUCUAGAAGCUAUGGCGUCUCCGAGAUCAAAAUCACCUCGUCCACCUUUAUCAGCAAAAAAGGAAGACAAGGAAGAGAGUUUUUGGGAUAAAAUUGGAACCUUGGGUCGAAAAAAACGUAUAAAAGAAGUCCAAGAAGUUCAAGAGGAAGGCAAAUAUGCCAUUGAUUCACCAGGAUAUGCUGCUAAUCCGGACAUGCCACCGGAGGAUUACACACUCGAUGAAAACGAAGAACGAUCAAUUAUCCAACCUGGUUCUCUAGAAGAUCCGAAGCUCCAGGAGCUCAUUUUUAUACUCAUCGAGUGGAUUAAUGAUGAACUUGCGCAGCAGAGGAUUAUCGUCAAAGACAUCGUCGAGGAUUUGUAUGACGGACAAGUUAUUCAAAAGCUAAUUGAAAAAUUAACUGGUGAGAAACUUGACGUCCCGGAAGUAACGCAGUCUGAAGAGGGACAAAAACAAAAAUUGGAAGUAGUUCUGUCGGCAGCAAACCGCAUUCUUGGACGGUAUCCACCGUAUCAAUGGAGCGUAGAAUCGGUUCAUUCAAAAAAUAUCGUCGCGAUAUUGCAUCUUCUUGUUGGAUUGGCGCGUCAGUAUCGGGCGCCAGUGCGGUUGCCAGAGCGUGUCGCUGUUCAGCUGGUGGUUGUUAAGAAAAAAGACGGGCAAUUGAUUCAUCGCACUGUCAGAGAGGAAAUAACGUCAACAUACGAUGAUUUGGGUAUGCGUUGCGAGCGUGACGCAUUCGAUACGCUUUUUGAUCAUCCUCAUGACAAGUUGCCUGUCGUUAAAAAGUCACUCGUGUCCUUUGUAAAUAAACAUCUGAGCAAACUGAAUUUCGAAGUUACUGACCUGGAUACACAAUUCCACGACGGAGUUUAUCUCACUCUGCUGUUGGGUCUUCUGGAAGGUUUCUUUGUGCCUCUCGGUAGCUUUAAUCUCUCGCCAAAAACACAUGACCACAAAGUCCACAACGUUUCGUUCGCUUUUGAUCUUAUGAAAGACGUCGGUCUCCCAAAACCAAAAGCAAGACCCGAAGAUAUUGUUAAUCUUGAUUUAAAAUCAACUCUCAGGGUUCUUUAUAAUUUAUUCACCAAGUACAAGAAUGUCAAUUAAAUAUAUUUAUACUAAUAUAUAUAGAAGAUAACGAGACCAAUAGCGUGACGGCUAAGGGAAUUUUCAAGUUUUAUUAAAAAAUUUAAUUAUAAAAUAGUGACCUAUGAUAUUUAAAAAAUUUUAAUAUACAUAAAAAUAUAUGAGGAAUUUUUAAAAAAUUAUUAAUAAGGUAAAAAAAUAUAAUUUUAGAAAAAUCAUGAAAAUCCGCGGAUGGAAUUUGGAUCUACACAAUUUACAAAAAAAAAUUAUAAAUAUACUUGUAAUUUUUUUUAAUUUAUUAAAAAAUUAACCCACUAUUGCACUGGAAAAUUUUUGGUGUGAAAAUGAUCCCCUAAAAUUUUACACGAUCUGCUCGGUGUGAAAUUUUGGUGUCAAAUACCAAGCGGUGGACUAUCGUUAAAAAUUAUCAAACAAUAUAUAUACUGCAGCACUAGUACCCAGUCACUCCAUGUAUUUAUAUAUCUAUAUUUAAUAAAAUUUAUUAAAUAUAUGAGUGAUCGGGUUCUAGUUUCCUGCCCGGGUACUGAGUCUCUUACCUUAAAUUAUUUUAAAAUAAAAAUUACCCAGUCUCAAAGUAAUGAAGAGUUUUAAAUAUCAAGAACUCAUACAUUUACACCAUCGCUGGUAACUCUAUUUCACUCUCCCCAAAAUUUAACACCCAGAUCGUGUGAAUUCACACCAGCAUUGAAAAUUUUAGCACCAAAUUAUUCACCCACACCGCGGAAAAUUUUUUAGUGCGGUCUCUUAUAAUUAA